AUGACGCAUAGGCCCGACGCAACAGUUGGAGUCGACUUUGCCGGCGAGGUCGUUGCCCUGGGCCAGGCAAUUGACUCGUUUUCCUCCCCACCUGCCUUGGAAAACCGCGUGUGCGAUUGUGUGUUCGGUAUCAACCCGGAUCAGCGCGAUAAUGGCGCCUUUGCUGAAUACGUCGCUGUGCCCGUGUCGCUGGUUCUCUGUAUUCCGGAGUCCAUAAAUUUUGCCUGGAAGCAGUCGUGGGCCAUCAUUGGGAUGCCUGUGUCCACAGCGGCAACGCGAUCGAGAACGGCCUUGUAG